CUGGCCCGCCUAACAGGCAGUAGUAAACAAUUUGGCAGAUUAUUCGCUGUCAGCUUGCGUUUCUUCUUCUUCUUCUUCUUGGAUUUGGCCCCGCAAGAAUUGGAAGCGGCCUCCCGCAUCCUGACCGAAUCGCCUUUCCUGUCGCUUCCCCGCAACCACCCCGACCCGGUCGACCCCCGAUUCGCCCAGUUCGCUUGGAGUUUCGGCCGAAUUGGCGGCCAGGACGAUCGAGGCGGGGGACAGGAUUGGAUUUUGAUCAUCUGGUUGCCUUAUUUGGGGGGAAGUUCGUCGGUCGGAUAGCUUCUUUCUCGUGGCGAAGUGGUGAAAUCUUUUACUGGUGCAAACUUCCGAGACCAUUCAUCUGUUCUGUCCAAGACAAGAACAUCUCCAGAACUGAUAGAAAAGUAGACUGGGAUGCUCAAUCCCCAAAGCGUACCAUCAAAUGGUGACGCUUUAAUCCAAUUAUGUACAAGCAACUAGUUUGUGGAAAUGUGCUCGGAAGGGUAUGAUGGUGGAGCAUGAUGGAGGGCAGAGAACAGAGGAGGCGACCUCGUAAACUGUUGUGCUGGAUGGCGAUGCAAUGCCUGUGCUCCGGGGAGCAGGCCGUUCGGGUGGAUGAGCUGGCCCCAGCAAAUGGCGAAGUCGAGUUGCAGGCCAACAAUGCCAGUAUUCAGGAAGCCGAGUUGUCCCUUCGGGAGGGUGAUUCCCUUAACUACGAGGAAGCAAGGGCAUUGCUAGCAAAAGUAGAAUACCAAAGGGGGCAUGUUGAAGAAGCACUUCGUAUGCUUAAUGGGAUAAAUAUACCUGCAAUGAUUCCUGAUGUGAAAAUUUCAAUCACUAGAUUAGCAAGGGCUCAACCAGAUUCCGGUUAUCCUCCAAUGUCCUUGCAUUCUGUUAAUCUAAUAAUGGAGACCAUAUAUCUCAAAACUAUAGCACUUCGUGAUCUUGGAAAGUUCAAAGAAGCUGCAGAGCAGUGCAGUACGAUAUUGGACGUUAUAGAGUCGGCACUGCCUGAGGGUUUACCAGCCAACUUUGGAUAUGGUAGUAACUUUAAUGCAACAAUAUGCAGUGCCAUCAAGUUGCUUCCUGAGCUAUGGAAAUUAGAAGAUUCCCUCCCUGAAGCUCUCUCGUCAUAUAGGAGAGCUCUUCUUAGAAAUUGGAACCUCGAUUCAAAGACCAUUGGUACAAUACAAAAGGAGUUUGCUAUUUUUCUCCUAUACAGUGGCUGUGAGGCCUGCACUCCAACCCUUCGACCCCAAUCACAUGGUUCAUUUGUGCCUGAAAACAAUUUUGAAGAAGCUAUUCUUCUCUUGAUGAUUUUAUUGAUGAAAUUCAACCUUGGAUGGCUUGAGAGAGACCUAACUGUGAUGCAUCAUCUUACUUUUGCAUUGUCCAUGUCAGGGCGGUUAAAACCUUUAGCCACCCAGUUUGAGAAACUAUUACCUAGUGUGUUACACAGCAGAGAGUGGAUGUACAAUGUUGCGUUGUGUUACCUGGCAGAAGAAGAUGAUCUAACUUCCCUCAAUCUGCUCAGAAUGAUAUUGAGGUUUGGAGAGGACUCCAGUUGUAUCAAAGAACUUCUUCUAUCUUCAAAAAUUUGUAGCGAGAAUGGUGCAUGUGCUGAAGAAGGUGCCUCCUACGCACGCCGAGCCCUUGUUAGUCUAAAUGGUGGUUGUGACCAGUUAGAGGUUGUUGCGGACCUUUUACUUGGCAUUUCGCUCUCCCAUCAUGCUAGAUAUGCUUUGAGUGGUACGGCAAGAGAUACUCAGCAGCGUGAAGCACUUGAGGUGCUCCGUGUUGCUGGAAAGAAGAUGCAACCCAGGGAUUACAAGUUACUGUACAAUCUCAGCCUAGAAAAUGCUGAGCAGAGGAAACUAGAGGCAGCAGCUUCAUAUGCAAAGAAGCUACUGAAAUUGGAGAAUGGAUCAGAACUAAAGAGUUGGCUCCUUAUUGCUCGGAUCAUGAGUGCUCAAAAACAGUUUAAAAAUGCUGAAUCUAUUGUAAAUGCUGCCCUUGAUCAGACUGAGAAGUGGUGUCACGUAGAUCUGUUGCAGACCAAAGCCAAGAUUCGGGCUGCAAACGGGCAAUUUAAGAAGGCAAUUGAAACUUAUACGCAGCUUCUUGCUGUCAUUGAACUUAGGACGAAAAAUUCCCGCUCUGGGAAGAUGGUGUUACAGGGCUCGAAGGAUGAUAGAAGUAGGGAAACAGAGACAUGGUACGAUCUGGCCCUUGUGUACCUAAGCUUGUCACAGUGGAGGGAUGCAGAAAUUUGCAUAUCGAAAAUAAAAGCUAUCAAUGCAUAUUCCCCCUUGGCUUAUCAUUCUACAGGAAAGCUACAUGAGGCAAGAGGGUUUCUCAAGGAAGCUCUUGGAGCAUACUCCACAGCAUUAGACCUUGAACCUAAGCACGUACCAAGUUUGAUAUCAGCCGCCGUUGCUCUUCGGCAGCUUGGCGGGAGGCCCUUGCCUGCCGCAAGGACCUUCCUAACUGACGCGCUGAGACUGGACAGAACAAAUCAUGUUGCAUGUUUUAACCUUGGUUUAACCUAUGAAGAUGAAGGGGGUAGUUCAUCAGCACUUGAAGUUGCUGAAUGUUUUGAGACGGCUGCUCUUCUGGAAGAAACGGCCCCGCCGGAACCUUUCAGAUGACAUCGCAUUAGUAUUUUUAUAGGGAAUAAUAAAACUGGGAGAAGUUGUAGAUGAUCACAUAUUAUAUUUAGGUUGAGCAUUUUAGAAAAGAAGUAUAUGCAGUACAGGAAAUAGUAAAAUACAAACACAUGUAUGAUCAUAACUGCGUUGAUUUUACCAACAUCUUGAAAUUACAGCAUGACACAUUACAACCAA